CUUGUGGUCGCCACUGGUUCUCUUUUGUUUCAUCCUAACACAGCUGCAGAGGUUACUAUUUCUUUUAUAUCCAACCCUCGCAAAAACACGUUUUCUUGGAGAUUUUUACAUUUGAACCAGCUCUGGGAGAGAGCAACGAACCAAGAUUAGAUCAUCGCUCUUGUAUCUCGUAACCCCAAGGAAGAGCAAUUAUGUGUCGGUAAAUGGACCAAUCAAAGCGCAGUUGACCUUAUCAGGGACACUUAGCACAUUUAGUGGUAUCGUUAAUGGGACAACAUUGUAGAGACAGUGGGAAAGUUCGUCUUAGGCCUCCUUGCUUCCCUUAGGCGGGGGCCUAGGAAAGGAGAAAGACCCCCCUAUGGAGGCAAGAGUCCCCGUUGCUCCGGGAUUUGACGAGAAUUGUCCUUCUAUGAUUCAUGAAUUCACUGGAGCACCGAAAGAUUUAUCAGAGCUGGUGGAUUGCACUCCACAGGCAAAUGCAAAUUUGUUUGAUAUGCACAUCAAACCGGAGCUAAGAUGUUCUGUCGAUGAUGGUGGGGAAGACGUUGAUAUGGAAUACAUGAUGGAGAUGAACUUUGAAUACGACCAUGGAAAUGAAGCGUUGACCGCUGACGAACAAGAACGACGUAGAAUAAGAAGAGAAAGGAAUAAAGUGGCCGCCUCUAAAUGCCGCAAGAAAAGAAAGGAACACGUUAAAACAUUAGUUGAGGCUUCUGAGGAGCUGGAGCAUCAAAACAAUGAUCUUCAAGCGCAGAUCAGCAAGUUACAAGCGGAAAUAAAAAAACUGGAAUUCAUGUUGGAUUCACACAGCUGCGCAAAAUAUUCCCACACUCCACAGGAUGACCACGAACUUGGAUUAAAUGCCAAUUUAUCAUGAAGGGAAAAACUGGUGACAGAGGACAAAAUCAAGAGGAAGAAUAAGUCAAUAUACCGAUUCAAGAUGAAGGGCUAUUAAUGACGUGCACAUGCGUGGAUGGAGCCACACGAUGAGCCGCUGUACCGUGAUAGUAUGGCGUGUGGUGCAAUUUCACUUCAAGCGUAUUAUUUUCGCUGAUACACGUGCGAACAGCGUUUUUUUGAGUGAAAUUUGGUUUUAGUUACGUAUGUUAACAUGCUGGCUGGUUUUAUCAAAGCUAUUUUGCAAUUUAUUUGCUUCCAACAAACUCGCAGUCAAAAGUAAAUGGAAAAGAGAGGACGAAAUAGAUGGACACAAAUUAAGAUACAUUAAAAUACUUUGCAGAAAAAAAUAACUUUUAAGAUGUUUUCUUAGAAGGCAGUUUACUAUUUAUGUAGCGUAAAUCCUUUAAAAGUAGCGUUCGCAGUCUUUGCUUUUUGGCUAAUUUGCUUUAGAACAAGAUUAAAGUCUUUUACAUCUUACAAUA